CGGCAAACUAUUCCACUGAAUUCUAUCUCCAUUUCCGUUCCUCAUCAAUCCCACAGUCACACUCUCGCAACCAAUGUGGCGGCGGAGUUUCAGCAGCGCCGCCGGAUCUGCGGCCGUCUUGAAGAAUCAGAAAUGGGAUGCUUUGGUAAUCGGCGGUGGCCACAAUGGCCUUACCGCUGCCGCGUACCUAGCUCGUGGCGGUCUCUCCGUCGCAGUACUUGAGCGACGCCAUGUACUCGGUGGCGCUGCCGUGACUGAAGAACUCAUCCCCGGCUUUAAAUUCUCCCGGUGCAGUUACCUACAGAGUCUCCUCCGUCCAUCUGUCAUCAAGGAAUUAGAGCUAGCGAGGCACGGAUUAAAGCUUUUAAAGAGGAAUCCAUCAUCCUUUACGCCUUGUUUGGAUGGGCGAUAUCUUUUGUUAGGUCCUAAUAAGGAUCUUAAUUAUUCAGAAAUUUCCAAGUUCUCCAAACGAGACGCUGACGCUUAUCCCAGAUAUGAGGCUCAAUUAGAAAGGUUCUGUAAAUUCAUGGAUCUUCUUCUGGACUCACCCACGCCAGAGAUCCUGCAUGACAUUUCAUCUCUUAAACAUCGGCUGGGGGAUAAGUUAAAAAAUUCAGCUUUUUGGGCAAAAUGUCUUCGAAGCGCUCUUUCUUUGGGGCAAAAGGAUAUGGUAGACUUCACGGACCUUCUGUUUUCUCCGUCUUCGAAGGUUUUAAACAAUUGGUUUGAGGGAGAUGUUCUGAAAGCUACACUUGCAACAGAUGCUAUCAUAGGGACGGUGGGAAGUGUGCACACACCUGGUAGUGGAUAUGUGCUACUUCAUCAUGUGAUGGGUGAAACUGAUGGGGAUCGUGGUAUCUGGUCGUAUGUUGAAGGUGGUAUGGGCUCUGUAUCAAUGGCCAUUAGUAAUGCAGCAAGGGAAGCAGGCGCUCAUAUUAUCACAAAUGCUGAGGUGUCAGAAUUGAUGGUUGAGGACUCUGGUAGAGUAAAAGGGGUGCGUCUAGCCGAUGGCACAUGUGUGCAAGCCUCAACUGUUCUGUCAAAUGCAACGCCUUAUAAAACAUUUAUGGAACUAAUGCCUCCUGAUAUACUUCCCGAUGAGUUUCUACGCGCUAUUAAACAUGUUGAUUACCGAUCUGCAACUACCAAAAUUAACUUAGCAGUUGACAAAAUACCCCACUUUCCUUGUUGUAAGUUGAGCCCAUCUGAAGCAGAACAUCAGCUCGUUGGCACCAUUCAUAUUGGUGCAGAAAGUAUGGAGGAGAUUGACUUGGCUUGUCAAGAUGCUUCUAAUGGCUUACCGUCUAGAAGACCUAUUAUUGAGAUGACAAUCCCCUCUAUACUAGACCGGACAAUAUCUCCUCCAGGCAAGCAUGUGAUCAAUUUAUUUAUUCAGUACACUCCAUACAAACCAUCCGAUGGUUCUUGGGAAGAUCCUGUUUAUAGGGAAUCGUUUGCUCAAAGAUGUUUUGCUUUGAUUGAUGAAUAUGCACCUCAGUUUAGCUCAUCAGUUAUUGGUUAUGACAUGUUAACUCCCCCUGAUCUUGAAAGAGAAAUUGGUCUGACAGGAGGGAAUAUCUUCCAUGGCGCCAUGGGGUUGGACUCGCUCUUCCUUUUGCGGCCAGUUAAAGGAUGGUCAAAUUAUAGAAGUCCAGUGAAAGGGCUGUAUUUGUGUGGAAGUGGUGCCCAUCCUGGAGGAGGUGUGAUGGGGGCGCCUGGUCGUAAUGCUGCAAACUUGGUUCUUCAAGAUUUGAACAGACAACUCAAAUGAGCUCAUUGUUCUCCAUAAAGCUUACCUCUUUUCUUCCACGUCGAGUUUGCGUGUUGUAUGCAGAGACUUUCGAACGGGUUAAAAGUAUUUUCAGUCAAUAAAAAAAUAAAAAAAAGCUCUAUCUUCCCUCUCUAUCUAUCCAAGGGAUGGAAGGACCGAGGCCUUUGAUGUCCCCUCCUGUUAAGAAUUGGGUCCUCAUCACUAGCCAACAUGUUUUUCUCUCAUGUCUUUCUUCGUUCAUAGUUCGAUAUUCUGGUGUCCUAGGCAUAGAAGAACCACACUAAUCUAUCGUGAAACACUACUUCAGAUUUAGAAUAUUAGAACAUCCUAGAGCUUUCUUUAUAACCAAAUGUAGUAGUGUCAUUGUAAGUUUAAUUGAGAUGUUUGAUGCAUAACUAUUAUAAAAUGUUCUUGGUCGAGAAAAUUUUCUUU